ACAACCAUGACGUCGUACGGAAUAACAAGUUCAAGUUUGCCUUGCACUCUUUACGACGUCGACAAGAUGAAAGCGCACACAAAGCCAACGUUAGACAUCAAUAUGGGAGACUCGAAUACAUUUCGUUUCGGAGAAAAAAGACAUAGGGUUCGUUUUAAGGAGUCAAUGAAAUGCCGAGACAGACUUUUACGUUAUCCCGGCGUGGAUGACAUGUUGAGCAGUGAUGUUAUCAGGAAAGAACCACUUAUACCUUACGAGGAUAAUGAAACCAAAGUUAAUCCUGAAAAAUAUCAGCAACGCGGGGAAAAGAAAAUAGAAGUUGAUGAAGACAGUUUGGAAGAUUUUAUUGGGAGAGUAUGCCUUUCGGCUGCCAUGGACGAAAGAGAAAAUUACGGAAUAAUGGAUCCUUACGAUGGUCACGUGACGAAUCCGGAAAACUUACUGCAGAUCCUCGAGGACAACCGCUUUGAUAAGAGGACAAAAAAGGACAAGAAGGGAAAAUGGAACAAGAAGGAAAGGGGACGGAAAAUGGUGGAAGAAUAUUUGACAACAGACAAUUCCGAACAAUCAGCAGUACCAACUGUGACGAUUCCGUUGAGGGAGUUCCGAUAUCUUGUAAACUCGGAAGUGGAGUCAAAAGCACGUGUGAUUCACGACUAUUACAUGUACCAGUGGGACGACAUGCAGAAAGACCGCAUAGACGCCUACAGGAGUCUGAUCACGUGGAAAGAUCAAUUUGAGCGAGCCAAUAUUUUAUUGUGCAGAGCUAAACUGGAGCUUGAGAAGAUGACGUUGUCACGUGAUUCCCUCGUGGCUGAGAUUGAGGGCAUCAAGAAAAACAAGCGAAGACGUAGCGGCGCUAAACGGAGACGAACACGGGAACUCGCUGCAAGAUCUAAGUCCAGUGCACAGGCGCAGGACAGUGACUUUUCUGUUUUUGGAAGUAUUGAAGGCAGUCAGAGUCUUGAAGAAGAUUGCUCCCGCUGAAUUUUAGAAUUGUUCUUUUUUUAUGAGAAUAUUUUGUAGUAUUUUCGCUGAAAAUAAAAGACUGUGUGAAUUGAACAUGU